AUGCCUCUUCUCCAACUACCACACCUAACGAUGGCCGGCCCCCAAAUGCAGCUGGAAGAUUGGCUCGAUGACCUCUGCGUGAGGUUCAUCAUCAAUCUUCCGCAAGAGGACCUGUCAUCCGUCGAGCGAAUAUGCUUCCAAGUCGAAGAAGCCCAAUGGUUCUACGAAGACUUUAUUCGACCUCUUGACCCCUCCCUCCCAUCAAUGACUUUGCGCACAUUCUGUCUGCGUAUAUUUCAGCACUGCCCGCUCCUCGCAUCCUUCUCCGUCGAAAACCAUCUGGCCGCGUUUGAGGUCUUCCUCCAGUACAAGACACGAAUCCCCGUCCGCGGUGCCAUCCUGCUCAACCAUGACAUGGACUCGGUUGUUCUUGUAAAGGGUUGGAAAAAGGGUGCCAACUGGAGCUUUCCCCGCGGCAAGAUCAACAAGGACGAGGACGACCUCGACUGUGCCGUGCGUGAGGUUUACGAAGAAACGGGCAUGGACCUGCGCGCCCAUGGCCUCGUCCCCACCACUGGCAAGCCAAAAUACAUUGAAAUCGCCAUGCGUGAGCAGCAGUUGCGACUAUAUGUCUUCCGCGACGUACCCAUGGACUACAACUUCGAGCCACAGACACGUAAAGAAAUUAGCAAGAUCCAGUGGUAUAAGCUCUCCGAGCUUCCCACGUUCCGGAAAAAGAAUUCGCAGAACCAAAAUGAGCCUGCUGUCGGCGCCAACAAGUUUUACAUGGUCGCACCGUUCCUAGUACCGCUCAAGAAAUGGGUUACCGUACAGAAACGACAAGAGGAGAAGCGCACGGUCAACCUUCACUACCAGUCCGGUCAUGCCCAGCUUUCCGUCGACGAGGGUCACACUGAAGAGGAGCCUUAUGCGACAGACCACGGUGCAACCUUCCUUCAACAGCCCAACUCCAUUGCUAGCCUUGAUGGAGCCACGAAAGAACUGCAGCGUCUUCUCAAGAUGCAGCCAGCGACGCAAGGCCUACAGGCAGCCAUACCUCCGGAAGACAAAGGCAGCGCUCUCUUGAAUAUUCUACAGUCGGACCAGCCUUCCGCGCCCUCCGAAUCUCUGCAGCAGAGUAUACGGAUACCCCAUACACCACAAGAUCACACGAUCAUCAGCCCCCCGCAACCUCAAAAUCCUCACCACCACAACAACCAGCAGCAGCAGCCGAUACACAUCAACGCGCAACAGCAGCCACCGACGUUUCCCCUCCCCCAUGGCGCCGUCAAUGGACCACCACAUCACUAUCAGCAGCAGCAGCAGCAGUAUCCUGGUCAGCCUGUACCACAUGGUCAUCCUGGCGGCCCGCACCACCAGUCGCAAAAAUCGAUUCCGCUCGUCCACCCACAGCCGCUGCCACCUCAGGUCCAGCGCGCCAUGUUCAACAACAGUGCGUUCCAGGAGGCCGCAGCAAAGGUCAAUGCCGGUUUGCCUCACUCUCCAUAUCAGCAAUGGCAGCAGCCGAGAGCGCCUCAUGGAAACGCUGCGCCUCCCCAACAGCAAAUGGUACCACCAGUGCCGCUCAACGGACAGUCCAUGGCUCUCCUCAAUGCUUUCAGGAGGGAACCUUCAGGAUCCCAGCAGCCCCCUAGGCAACCUGUUUUGCAGCAGCAUCAUCAAAACUCGCAUGCCACUGAAACGCUCCCCAUGCCGACUGUUGGUGCUGCCGCUCAGAACCUUCCUCCGCCACCGCCGUAUAGCCAGUUCCCAGCACAACAGCACCAACAAUCUCCUCGAGCUGCUAUCCUAAACCAAGCGAUGUCGCCUCAAACCCAGUUCAACGCUCACAUGCAAACAACACAGCAGCCUCCUGUCAGCAUGGGAAACCCACCUCCCGCCAACGCUCAGCACCGGAACGCUCUGCUUGGCAUGUUCAAAAAGGCGGGUGGCCCGCAGUCUCCCGUCGCGCAGUCUUCACAGCAGGCGCGGGCACCCUCUCCGCUGGGCUUCGUUGCCGAGCUCUCGUCGCCAUCGCAGCGUAAGCCGUCGUUUGAGGCGCCCGUCGAGCUCGGAAUCGAUAAAUCAUCCAUCCAGCUACCGAGUGACAAGCCAAUCCCGGGCCAGCAGCGCUCCGGCAGUCUUGCGGCUGUGCCGCACGGGAGCGUUUCCUCGUCCUAUGGCUCGUACGCCGCGCAAAGCCACCAACCACAGCAGCCUUCUCCUCUGGCGCAGCCGUCUGUCCCUGUCCGCGCUCCCGCCGCCGCCGGCAGUGCUAGCACCGACCAGAAGCGCCAGCUACUGUCCCUCUUCGGUGGUAGUGCGGGCGGCGGCGGAAAGCCCGCAGUACCGCAGCUGCAGGCUCGGUCACCCCUCGGUGGUACCAUUCAUGAAAUGGGCAAUGGAAACCCUGCGUCGCGCGACGCGUCCCGCUCUCGAAUGGCUUCGCUUGUCUCUACCGGUAUACCCGGCGAGUCUAGCUCGGGCAACAUCUCGCGCCGUGGCAGCCAGACGCCCAUCUCGCCUGCGGACGAGAGCUUCUUGCUUGGUUAUCUACAAUCCGUCACUAAUACUGCAUCACGAUGA